AAAAGCGUCCCAUCCUUUUGUCAAGAUUUAUUUUUGACAUAGGUGGAUGCCAACAGCCUGAACCACAGCAGGAACACUAAUGUUCUUCAAUCUCCACCUAAAGCUCGACUUUGAUCUUUCCCAGCCUCUGAUCUGUGCGCAAUGGGCAGUGCUUAUUGUAAAAUGAGCAGUUUUUACAACGAAUCGCAACUGUGGGCGGGACUCCCGGAAGCUGACAGUCAGCUGCCUCGAUUCACAACGCAAGCCGAAACAAUUCACCAAGACACUGGUUUCUGCAAUUUUCUCUCCUACCCGUGAUGGAUGAGACGAGCCCGCUAGUUUCCCCGCUUAGGGAUCAGCCAGAUUUUAAUUAUGGUCCGACGGGGCCUGCAAGUCCCCGGGCUGGAUUUGCAGGCAUGCCCGGUUCGGUUGUGCGAGUCCCCGCAGGAAGCCCGGGACGGAGCCGGGAGCGACAGCCGCUGCUGGAUCGGGACCGAGGAGGCUCACCCCGGGAUCCGCAUAGAAACGAUUUUCCGGAGGACCCCGAGUUUAAGGAGAUCAUCAAAAAAGCAGAACUGGCAAUUGAGGCCGAAAUCUUCCCCGAAAGAAUCUACCAAGGUUCAAGCGGCAGUUACUUUGUAAAAGAUUUGCAGGGGAAGAUCAUUGGAGUGUUCAAGCCCAAGAACGAGGAGCCCUAUGGGCAGCUCAACCCCAAGUGGACCAAAUGGCUUCAGAAACUGUGUUGCCCAUGCUGCUUUGGGAGGGACUGCCUGGUGCUGAAUCAGGGCUACAUGUCUGAGGCUGGGGCCAGCCUUGUGGACCAGAAGCUGGAGCUCAACAUCGUCCCCAGGACCAAGGUUGUGUACCUGGCCAGUGAGACCUUUAACUACAGCGCCAUUGACAGAGUGAAGUCCAGGGGAAAGAGGCUUGCGCUGGAGAAAGUACCAAAAGUUGGGCAGCGAUUCCACAGAAUAGGUCUCCCACCCAAGGUCGGUUCAUUCCAGUUGUUUGUUGAAGGUUACAAAGACGCAGACUAUUGGCUUCGCCGCUUUGAGGCUGAGCCGCUACCAGAGAACACCAAUCGGCAGCUGCAGCUGCAGUUUGAAAGAUUAGUGGUGCUGGAUUUCAUCAUCAGGAAUACGGAUAGAGGGAAUGAUAACUGGCUUCUAAAGUAUGACUGCCCAAUGGACAGCGGUGGCUCCAGGGACACAGACUGGGUAUUGGUUAAGGAGCCAAUUAUCAAACUAGCUGCAAUAGACAAUGGUUUAGCCUUUCCACUCAAACACCCUGACUCCUGGAGAGCCUACCCCUUUUAUUGGGCCUGGCUGGCUCAGGCCAAGGUCCCCUUCUCCCAGGAGAUUAAAGACCUGGUCCUGCCGAAAAUCUCUGACCCAAACUUUAUCAAGGACCUGGAGGAGGACCUGUACGAGCUGUUCAAGAAAGAUCCAGGCUUCGACAGGGGACAGUUCCAUAAACAAAUUGCAGUUAUGAGGGGGCAGAUCCUCAACCUCAGCCAGGCGCUGAAGGAUGAGAAGACCCCCCUGCAGCUGGUCCAGAUGCCGUCAGUGAUCGUAGAGACCGCACGGACGCAGCAGCGCACUAACAGCGAGUCGUACACCCAGAGCUUCCAGAGCCGGCGGCCCUUCUUCACAUGGUGGUAGAAUUUGGGGUGGGUGCCUCCAUUCCAUUGGGGACCGUUUUGAGAGAGAGAGAGAGGCAGGGGGAGGAGUCUGCAGACCUUAUCAUGCCUCUCAUCUGAGCAUAUUCUGCCUUAUUGAGGGACACCGGGGGAAACAUAUUCUGACUAUCCGGGACCCCUUCCUUUCUCUCUAUCUCAGAAGAGAAAAUGUACAGCUAUGGUACAAUGGAAGGCUUUUUCCUAUUGCUGUCAUCACACUGCAGAGCUGUCAUUCAUAGCCCUCUGGUUCAGCCGAACCCAUUUACAUUCCAAGUACUUUGCUAUUGGAACCCACGCACUGAUCCUCCUGCUUGGCGUGCUGCUGAGAGUCAGAAGAUGAAAUGAUGGUGGUUUGGAAUAGAGGGCCGGUACCAGGGAUACUCGGCCUGCUUCCAGUACUGUCACAGAGGAUCAUGAGCACUACAGGCUGCCUGGGAACCAGGGUAGGGGACUACAGCUUGGAGUGAAUUGAAGCUUGGAUGGUUUGGGAUAACAACAUAUUUGAUGAAAUGGUUCCAGUUUCUCCCAAAAGCUGUUUUUCCAGAAUCUGGACCCAGAUCCUACCUCCCUCUUCGGAUCAGCCUCUCACUAAAUCCUCCGGCUCUCUCUGUGCUUGUCUGCUUAUCCCUCUGGGCCUGACCGUUCAGCUUUGUCCUGGAUCAGAAUUGAAUUAGUAGAGAUGUCAUCUUUUUUUUGUUGUCCAAGUUUCAUUUCUGUGCUACAGCUUUUCAUUUUUCACUUGUUUACUGAAGUUUCUACAAUCUACUGGGCUAAAAAUAUCAGUGGAGUCGAAAGACAUUCUGAAAAGUAUUAUACUUUAGAACAAGAUCACUAUAAUGUGAAAAAUUGGAGAAAACGCUAAACAUUAGAAUUGGAAAGGACAUCAACCCUUGUACAAAAGAGGGUCAGACAAAAGCGUUAUUAUUUCCUUCUCUGUGUUUUAUUUUUUACUUUAACUUUGUCUCAGGUUUGCUGAGAUUCCCACCCAGAACAGUUUCUUAAAGGUUUUCCAUGGAAAACAUUAAACUUGCCACCACAAUAUAUCAAUUGGCAUAAACAAAUAAUUAGAAUUUUAAUUAUUUAAAUGUAAGUUUUUCAGAUUCUUAACAAAAGAGCAAGACAGUACUUCCUGUAAUAGGAAAUGCAUGCUGCUGCAAGUUCUGUCCACAUAGUCCCCUGUCCCCCUCAUCUGCUGUCCAGCUAAAUGAUUCCUCUGAUAAAAUUGUUUGAUGGCCCCGUCUGGGAAGCCUGUGACUGUGUAACCUUAGACCUGCUAAAGGAAGGACCUGUAACAUUUGGUCCAGAGAUAAAAUGCAGUGUAAUGGGAAAAGCUUCACUGAAGGGGAGGAGGGAUACUUCUUAAUGAAUGAACUGGACUGAUACAAUUAGCUUUCCAAUUGGACCUGUAGCUGCUUCCGUACCUUAUCAGAAACUCCAGAUUCAGAGAACUAGCAACUGCUGUAUCACGCACUUAAAUAAAAAAACAACGCACUACACAGUACAGAGCCCAUCUCUAGAGCGUAGACUGCAAAGUGUCUGCCUCCAGGCUGAGGCUGUGGCAUGAUCUGUGUCUCUUCUAUUUCCUGGGCGGUAUGUGCGCACUGUCUUAUUACACAAGUGAGGCGUGCAAGCCAUGUGCAUGCAUCUGACACGCCUUUCGGCAGCAAGGGGAACCGAAGAUUGAGUUGGUACACAGUAGGUCCUCGCUUGGUUGUGAGGUUGCCGAGUUCACAGUGGUUCUUCUGUCCUCCAUGCUUUCAGGAAUCUUUGCAAGGAUGUUUGUGCUUUGCAAAUGUGCAAUGGAUUACCUAAGAAUAGUAAACAGAUCUGAAAGCAUUAGGUGCCUGUUAGUCCCCUUGCUGCUGACUUUGUUGCAGGUGAAAAUAUUUUGAUUGUGAUUAAAAUCUUAUUGUUUACCAAACUGUACUGCUGUAGCUACCAAACUGACCUGAGGCGUACUGUUCCGACAAUGCACUGUAUAAUUUGUAUGUAAUAUAUUUAAUGAAAGAAAUACUUACAACAGAA